AAAGCUUCUGAAGUGUGAAACACAGACCAGAAACAGUUCAAUUCUAACUGAUGUUCUACUAUGGUUAAUUUAAAUACGAGACUAGUGCCAAAUGAGUGCCGGUUAUCGUGCAGUGGGCGGUGGAGGAGAAGAGUGCGGCAUCGUGUCGAGCGUGACUCACUGGGAUGCUGAGGAGACCCGCUGCUGGCUCGCCCUGCAGUUCACCGGUCUGGCCGCGCUCUAUUUCGCCCGCUGCUUCCUCGUCGUGUCCAUCGUUCCCAUGUCCGUGGAGCUAGGCUGGGACGAACGGCAGUGUGGUAUCGUGUUGUCUGCGUUCUACUGGGGCUACGUACUGACGCAGGUGUUGGGAGGGAGUCUGAGUGACAGGUAUGGCGGGGACGUGGUCCAGUGGGUGGCAGGAGUCGUGUGGAGCCUCUCCACGCUCAGCAGCAUCUACCUCGCACAGGUCUCGAUAUGGCCGCUGGUCCUCGCACGCUUUCUUACUGGACUAGCGCAAGGCAUGCAUUACCCGGCUCUGUCCAGUCUGGUUGCCAGCAAGGUCCCCGAACAAACAAAGACAAAGUUUUUUGGAGUUGCACAUGCUGGAGCAUUUGCCGGGUAUCCUUCCUAACAUACAUAGGUCAAUUUUGUGCCGUCAUUGAAUUUUGUGAAUUACAACUAUAAAUACGUUGUGCGUCGGUCCCAGUGCAUGCGUGCGUGAGACGAAUGUUUACUUAGUUAACCAAAUGGGAAAACCGGCUAUACGAUAAUUAUGGUUUUGGUCUUGCAGGUCGAUGGGCGUAGGGAUUUUUGGGUCUCUGAUCAUCCGGUGGUACCACUGGAAGGUACUGGUCCUGAUAGCCAGUGUCCUCAGCCUCGCCUGGGUGGCGUGUCUUAGAGCCUUCUCAGUCCGCCACCACAACAAGACAAGGUACAGACUGCUGGAUGGGCGCACCUUAUCACCAACUUCCAGACUGAAGCUCCGGGUUGGUCCCUCUGACUUUGUGGCCAGCUGUCGCAAGGUUCCCUGGAGGGAGAUACUCUCUCAUUCUUCAGUCAUAGCCUAUCUCUGUGGUUUUGUGACCGAAUGCUCAUACGCCCACAUAAUUCCUUCCUGGUCUCCAACUUUCUUCAAUGAAGUGUUUCCGAAUCGAACUGCCAGUGCGUGGUUAUACAACGGAGCUCCCUCCCUGGCUAUGGCAUUGGGGGCUUCUUCUGGUGGGGUAAUCAUUAAUCAACUCAUUGUCCAGAAGUAUGAUAUCACGUUUGUCCGAAAGAUGGGGAGCUGCAUUUGUCUUCUCAUUCCCGGAGUCUGCCUGUUGUUAAUUAGCGUGAUUGGCAGGGGCGAUGAAAAUUUCUACCCCACGCUCUUCCUUCUCAUUCUCUCCUCCUACUUCUUUGGCUAUGCUCCAUCCUCAAUAUCAGCAAACACCAUUGACCUAACACCUACCUAUUCUGGAUCGCUGUACGGUGUUGCAAACUCCCUCGGUACCCUUCCCGGAGUGUUUGCAGUGCCACUGAUUGGCUACAUUCUCCACUCGACUGGAGGAAAUUGGACACCAGUGUUCCUCCUCCAGACCUCCAUUCUGUUUGCCGGCUGCUUGGUCUUCCUGGCGUAUGGUUCGUCUCGAAGACUGGAGCUAAGAGACACACCAACAGCUGUAGCCCAGUCCACUAGUUACUAAAUUAUUCCUCUCAAUACAAUCUUUUACGUUCUAAAUUGUCAUCAUUGUACAGCUCUAUUUAUGAAGUGACCAUAUUCUAAAGGU